AAGUAAUAAAAUGCCAGAAAUUCAGUGGGCGUCUAUUUGUUAUUUUUCAUAAAUCAAUUAAUUUAUCGUGUAUAAAAACCUAAAAACAAAUUUAAUUUCGAUUAUCGGUACAAUAUAGCAUUUGUUAUUUAUUUGAAACAACCACGAGUGAUUUCGUGAAUAAUGUCAAAUAUUUCAAGCCGAGAUGACCCUCUAUCAACCAAUGAAGAAAACAUUAAAAUCGAAGACUACUUGCAAACAGAAAUUUUUAUAAAAGAAGAGUUAGACGAAAAACCAUAUUCAUGUAAUCUCUGUAACGAAAUUUUUACGUCAGAAGAUGAUUUAAUUGAACACAAAGAUUUUCAUACUGAUGAAAAACAUUCUAAAAAAGGAAAAAAGCGUCGUAAAAAAUCUCAUAGUGAAUUUUCUUGUGACACAUGUGAUAAAACCUUUUACGAUCAAAGCACUUUAAAUAAACAUAAACGUGUUCACACGGGAGAAAAAUCAUUUUCCUGCGAUAUGUGUGAUAAAACAUUCAAUCAACAAAGCAAUUUAACUAAACAUAAAAAAACUCACAAAGAAGAAAAAUCAUUUUCAUGCGAUGAUUGUGAUGAAACAUUCAAACGAGAAAAACACUUAAUUAAACAUAAAAAAAUACACAUCGAAGAGAAAUCAUCAAGCGAGUCAAGUGACGAUGAUUCUAAGAAAAGUGAAGAAAAGAAUUUUUCAUGUGAUUUUUGUGAAAAAACUUUUUAUGAUAAAAGCACUUUAAACAAACACAAACGUAUUCACACCGGAGAAAAGCCAUUUUCUUGUGAUGAAUGCGAUAAAACAUUUAACCAACAAGGUAAUUUGACUCAACAUAAACGAACUCAUAGUGGAGAAAAAUCAUUUUCUUGUGAUGUUUGUGAUAAAUUAUUCAGUCGACAAAAUCAUUUAAUUCGGCAUAAACGAAUUCACACCGAUGAAAAACCGUACAUAUGUAACAUUUGCAAUAAAACAUUUAGCCAACAAAGUCAUUUAAAGCAACAUAAGCGACUUCAUAAAGGUGAAAAGCCAUUUUCUUGUGAAACUUGUGAGAAAACAUUUACACAAAUGAGCAGUCUAGUUGAUCAUAGGAGAACACACACCGGUGAACGACCAUUUGCAUGUGAAUAUUGUAGUAAAACAUUUGCACAGCAGAGUACAUUAGUCGCUCAUACAAGAACUCAUACGGGUGAAAAACCAUUUUCUUGUGAAAUAUGCGAUAAAAAGUUUGCAACAUAUGGAAAUUUAAGUGGACAUAAAAAAAUUCAUACAGGAGAAAAACCUCAUACGUGUGAUAUUUGUAAAAAGGCGUUUAAUCAACAUCAUAAUUUGGUGAAACAUCAAAAAGUUCAUAUGGGUGAUAAACGAUAUUCGUGCGAUGUCUGCCAUAAAAAUUAUACGUAUCAAAGUACUUUAGUCGAACAUAAACGUGUAUUUCAUAAAAUUAUUCAGCCAAUAGUUCAUUCUGUUUAAUGGGAACCGGAAAUGUUAUACAUAUCGGAGAACUGUUUGUUAUACUGUCAGAGAAAAGUAACAAAAAGUGUUUAAUUGUUUUUUUGGAUUGCAAUUGCAUUAGGCUAGGUUUGAAAUAGUAAAAUUAGUCCUUUAAGGUUGUUAUGAAAGUGGAAGGGAGUCUCAUUGCCCCUUUUACUCUGUCCCAUGCAAAAUGCAUAGAACAAAGUAUCUGCUGCCAAUUUUAAAUCAAUAAUUUUUUUAAAAUUUUAAAUUGAUGACAAUAUACUGAUUAAUAUACUUUUGCCUAUUUUUUUGUAUUAAUAAAAUCUUUUGUUAAUUAUUAGUAGUAUAGUCAUCUGGUAGUUUUCCGGGAGUUUUGAAGAAGGGUGAUUUUAUAGUUUGGAGGUGUUCUUUUCGAAUUUCCACUUGGCUAGCUUUGCCGCCCGCGCCGCUAUAUUGAAAAAAUCUCAUUGAAAAGCAGUUUUUUGACAAUAUCUCCUUUUUGAGACAUUUUUUACGAGGAAAAUAUAUACAUACAAAAUUAAACAAGUGAAACCAAAAAAUUGACUGAG